CUCCCUUUCUUUUCCGCCGUGUACUAAGAAACCAAAGAGACAGACAGAGAGAGUUGAGGGCUUCAGCUAGAUUUCCUCACUCUUUCUCUUCAACUGAAACUAUAAGGGCCAAUGGCUUUCGCUUCAUUUCUUGGCAGAGUUCUCUUCGCCUCUGUUUUCAUUCUCUCUGCUUACCAAGAGUUCAGUGAUUUUGGUUUGGAUGGCGGACCGGCAGCAAAGGCUAUUGGACCAAAGUUUGAUGUAUUUACAAAACAUGUGCAUUCACAUGUUGCCGUGCAAGUGCCAGAUAUUGAGGUGAAACGUUUAGCCGCUGCUGCUAUUGCACUAAAGGGCAUUGGAGGAAUCUUCUUUAUAUUUGGAAGCAAUUUGGGAGCCUUUCUUCUGAUUUUGCAUCAACUGAUUGCUACUCCUAUUUUGUACGAUUUCUACAACUAUGAAAGCUGGAAUACAGAAUUUACUCGACUUUUCAUCGAAUUUACACAGAAUGUGGCUCUUCUUGGGGCAUUGCUGUUCUUUGUAGGGAUGAAGAACUCCAUUCCUAGGAGACAAUCCAAGAAGGUACCUAAAACAAAAACAGUCUAGAAAGAAAGUGUAGGUGGAAGAAACAUUUGUAAUCAGUAAAGAGCCUGGUUUGGUUCAUUUCGUGGAUAUUCUUUUUUUUUUUUUUUUUUUUUUUUUUUUUUUUUUUUUUUUUUUUUUAAAAUUUUUGAAACUUGUUACCUUAAUUUUGACCAGGAUAUCACUUCAGCGUGUAUGGUUUAGGUUUAGUGCAACUUUCCCCUUUUAUUUCAUGGGGUAUAUUGCUUCUUAUGGAUUUAUGGAUUUUUCUACUUUAAAUUGA